UGUUCCCGCCAUGUCUUGCGCUGCUGACUAUGACGCGCAGUUCGCGUCGCGUUUCUCAUCGGAGGACGCGGAGUUCCAGCGGUACCGGCAGCGCGCGCCCGAUCCGCCGCCCGUGGUGGAGAACUGGAGAGCGGCGCGCGGCCGCAGAGAUAGACGAGCUCCGGAGCGGCAGCACGAGCGCCGCGGGCAUCAUUUCCCGGACCGCCGCUAUGAACGAAACUCCGGUUCUUACGGCCAGAGGUCACAUUACUGACACCGACCGAGCGAGUGUGUGACGCGGAUGCUGUUUGGUUUAUCAUUUGUUGUUCUGGUGGAAUUACUUUUGCCUUUGUGUAAAUAAAGUACUUUAAAUGAUUUCUUAA